UUGACGAAGUGAGAAAGAAGACGAUUGUGAUCGUUCACUUCUUGUAUCGUUUUAAUGAUUUUCUUGUAAUUGUAUGUAAUUGUUGUAACGCCUUUAAUUUACAAUUGUGAACUUAACUAAAGAUAUUAGUGAAAAUGGAUAAAAGAAAACUAUCUACCGCGGGCGACAGUCUUUACCAAAUACUGCAACUUCCCAAAACUGCAACGGCCGACGACGUCAAGAAAAGUUAUCGCAAAUUAGCGUUAAAAUACCACCCAGACAAAAAUCCAAACAACCCGGAAGCAUCAGAUAAGUUUAAGGAGGUAAAUCGCGCUCAUACGAUUUUAAGUGAUGCUACGAAACGAAAUAUAUAUGAUAACUAUGGAUCUCUCGGGUUGUAUAUAGCUGAACAAUUUGGAGAAGAAAACGUCAACGCCUAUUUCGUCGUUACGAGCACUUGGUGCAAAGUACUAUUUACUGUAUGCGGUAUUUUGACUGGGUGCUACUUCUGCUGCUGUCUAUGUUGCUGCUGUAAUUGCUGCUGCGGCAAAUGUAAGCCCCGUCCGCCGGAAGAGUCCGGCGACUACCACACGCUGGAACGCGACGACUCUGACGGCGUCCAGCCCGUGACGGCGCAGCCGGGCGGGGAAGCGCGUCCGGCGGGCAGCCAGCAGCAGCCGCCCAUCGCCAUGCCCGCGCCGCAGCCCGCUGGCGCCUCGGAAAACACGGGCCUCAACACAGGGGGCAGUAUUCCAAAAUACACAUGAAGUAUUAACAACUAAUCUAACGUUAUUUGUAAGAGAAAUGAGGAACUGACCACUUAGAACCACCUUCAUGCAGCUUCUUACAGAAUAUUAUGUAAGCCGUAGUUAUUUUUUUAUACUUUUGUUACCUAUUUAUUUUCUGAAAGUUGUUUUAUUAUUGUCAUUAAGGUGCAUGAGACGGGGCUGCCCGCGAAAUUCAAAAAUGUGGUUUUUCAAAAUUUGUAAGUUAUAUUACAAAAUUGCGAAAAACCAAAUUAAAUUUGAAUUUAGCGGGCAGACCCGUCUCAUACAUCUUAAUUUAGUCAUUAUUUGCGUUUCCCUCUACUUCCAACCUGUAUUGUUAAGAUCGUAGUAGAACAAAAAGUUACAAUCGUUAUAAUUGCAUUACGAUAAUUCUGAUUACUUUGGGGCCUUAAAUAACGGACAUACCUACCUAUCAGUAUUUUGAUUCCAAAAGUUGUGUUUAGAUUGCACCAAUUAAAUACUUACCUAUACCUGGCUUAGAAUACGUGAAAAUAAAUAAUAGCUCUCCGACGUAAGGUAACUUUUAUACUAAUUGGAAUUAUUAAGUACCUACUCAGUAUUUAUGAGAUCCCUUAAUUUGUGGAAAUUUAAAUCCCGACAUGUUUGUUUUAACAUACAAAACAGUUGAACCAUUUCGUUCUAACUAGUUGUAAAUUAUUGUAAUCAUAAUAUUGAUACUUAUUCAUUUCUUAAUUUAGAAAAUCAUUAAAAAGUAUAGGUAAGUAUAUUAAAUUCCAAACGAUGUAUUAAACACUAAGUAAGUACCUAAGUACAUUUUUUGUUGAAUCGUAAUAAUUUAUAGAAAUCAAAGGGUAGGUAUGGGUAAUGGGUGCAUCAAAAAUACCAAACGAACUAUUAGAUACCUAAGGACAUCUUAAGUACAUUUUUAGUUCAAUUUUUAGCAAGCGUUUAUGGCAUAUUGGCACAGAAGAAAAACGAUGCAUUUUUUCUAAUAUGUUGCGAAAUAUAAAAUAUUCAAUUUUAUCUUCACUAUAACUUUAUCGCACCGAAUGCUAACAGGAUUCCGUACUCGCGUAUAUUUUUUACAUUUCACAUUUUUACAUUAUAGACAUGACAGACAGACAGACAACAAAGUGAUCCUAUAAGGGUUACGUUUUUCCUUUUGAGGUACGGAACCCUAAAAAAUUAAUUAAGUACCUGCCUAUUAUUUCAAAAAGAGGGUUAUCAAUAAACCAACCAAACAAUAUCUUGAUACAAUGUAUUAAUUAUGUAGGUACAUACUUACAUCCGAAAAUAUUACCUUCUGGCGCAGUCGGGUAAAAAGACAAAGACGCUAAGAAAAAAAAAAUUGGCUCAAAUAAGUACAUGUAGGUAUUUUACUGAGAGGAGAUAAAGUUUAACUACCUAGUUACUUAAGAGGGGGUCUCUCCGUCACUCGCUUCAUGCAAACGUAGUUCCAAUUUCAUUUGAAUAUUAAGCAACCAAAGUCCAUGAAAUUUUGCAGACAUAUUCUAGAAACUAAUAUUUCAAAUGAAAUUGGAACUACGAUUGUAUGAAGCGAGUGACGGAGAGAGCCCUGUUAAAGGUACCCCUGCAGUCUGCAACAUCAUAGAAAAGACGCGUCGUUCGGUUCUGCGCCAAUAUACCUUGAUCCAGAUCACAUCACAUUGGAAUACAUAUGAAUACUAUUUAAAUUGUGUUUGUAAAAAAUAAAAAGAUUACUUACUUAUCUACU